AUGGCUCCGCCCGAACAACCCUUCCCCGUAAGCUCCCUCGAGCAGCGAGCACAAUUCCACUCCGUCAAUUUUAAGGACAAGAGCAGGAAAUUGGGGGACUUUGAUCUCAAAAGAGAUUGUGAGCUACUCGAGCUUGUCCAAUACAGUUGCACCACGCCCGAGCAGCAAGCUAAGCGUGCUAUGGAAAGUCCGACUGGCAGCGCGAGAAUGGAGUGUUUCCCAUUCGUGCGGCUAUUCAGAAAGUGCGAGAAGAAGGGCAAGGUCUUUCACGUAGAAACCACAGCGUGGGAAGGCCAGAACGCAUGGAAGCCGCUGACGAGCUCACGACCAACGGCCGGGAUGAGCAACAAAGAAGAAGGUACUGUCGACACAGAACUAACGAAAAGCGCCUUUGCUAGAUAUAAGGAGUAUUUCUGGUCCGGAGAAUGA